UAGAUACUAUGAUCUCUAGUCAUUGUCUGGAAUUGGUAGUAAGCCCUGGUCCACGUAAAAUAUACAUGGCUGCAUCACCAUCACAAGAACAGAAAGAAGCAAAGAAAAACCUUAUCCAACGCCGAUGACUAUCAUCACCCUCCCCCUCUCCCUCCCUUGCUCCAAUCCCUUCAUCUCCCUCUCUUCUUAUCCAAAACGAAUCAGAUUUAAUCCCCAAUCCUCUUCACAGUUCUCUCCCAUCACUUCCUCCCCAUCACCGCCGUCCCUCCCCAAAACCGGAGUCAUUGUCAUUGGCGCUGGACUCGCCGGGCUCGCCGCUGCCACCCACCUCAACUCCAAAAACAUCCCCUUCCUCCUCCUCGAAGCUUCCGACGCCAUCGGCGGCCAAUCUCUCAACCUCCAAAAGUUCUACUCCGGCGCCCGUAUUUUCUAUGAUGGUCAGUUUCACACCGUCGCUGACCCCCUCCGCCACUUCUUGGACUCCGCCAGGUCCCUCGCCAACCCAAUCGGAUCCCUCGUCGAUAAGCUCCUCAUUGGAUCCACUCGAAUUGGAGUCCUCACCAGAUCUGACGAAGAUAUUCUAUCCGCAGAGGAGGUUCCCACCAUCGAACUUCUGAAGAAGCUUGGAUUUUCCGAUUCAAUUAUCGGGCGAUUCUUCCGCCCCUUUUUCGGUGGAAUCUUCUUUGAUAGAGAGCUCCAAACGACGUCGCGCUUGUUUGACUUCAUCUUCAAGUGCCUUGCCCUCGGGGACAACACUAUCCCUGCGAACGGCAUAUCGGCGAUUCCGGAGCAGCUGGCAGCCAGGUUGCCGUCCGGCUCAGUCCUCCUGAACUCGAAGGCCGUUUCUGUCGAAAUCGACGGCUUCGUAUUGCCUAGCGUGAGGUUGCAGAGCGGCGAGGUUUUGACUAGCGAGCUUGGUGUUAUCGUGGCGGUUGAAGAACCGGUAGCGGCUCAGUUAUUGGCGGGAAGGAACGGUCCGGUUCCGAAAAAACCCGCUCGUAGCACGGUUUGUAUUUAUUUUAGUGCGAACCGGGAUGAGAUACCGGUUAGUGAUCCGGUUCUGUUUCUGAAUGGGUCGGGUAAGGGGAUUGUGAAUAACAUGUUCUUUGCGACCAACGUGGCUCCAUCAUAUGGACCACCCGAUAAGGCUCUGAUUUCAGUAUCCCUGAUUGGGCUAUUUGAGGGUGAGACUGAUGAUGAACUAGCGAAUAAGGUGGUCCAAGAGCUCUCGGGUUGGUUUGGAGAGAGAGUGGUUCGUGAGUGGAAGUACUUGAGGACUUACCGGGUCGGAUUUGCCCAACCCAAUCAGUGCCCGCCCACGGAUCUUAGUAAGAACCCGAGAAUUGAGUCCGGUUUGUAUGUUUGCGGUGACUAUUUGACGUCUGCCACGUUUGAUGGCGCUUUGGUCUCUGGGAGGAGAGCUGCAGAGUGUUUGUUGAAGGAUAGGGCCUUAACUCCGCCUUAAGAAUAUUGUACAUUUACAAUUAUCAGAGAUAAUUAUAUUUGGACAGAAAAUGAAUUUGUUAGCUGUCUUUUUUGGUAUCUUUAUCAUGUUUAGAUCUAUUGUAGCCAUCCAUAUGCAAUAUAACAAAAAAUGAAGGAGCCGCACCUUAUGCUUUUAGCU